AUGGACGACGUGGCCCAGAUCAUCCUCUCUUCCUCAGAGUCGGACUACCUCGAUCAACUCAUACCUCUUUUAAAGAACGCCGAAACGCAAACCCAGGUCACCCCUCUCAUCCACGCACUCAACCAUGUCUCCGCCGACCGGGAAGCAGAGAUCGAGCGCAUCUGCAACACCAACCACCAGGAAUUCAUCAGCAGCGUCAACCAGCUCCAAUCCGUUCGCGAGGGCACCGUCAGCUUAACAUCCGAGAUCAUGGAACUUAGCAAGUCCAUCGAAUCCAGUACAGAGAAGUUGGCCGAGCAGAAGCGAGCGUUGGUGGAGUCCAGAGGCGUGCGCCAGAACAUCGACGAAUGCACACAGGCCCUUAAGGAUUGCCUGGAAGUUCUGAGACUGGCGAAUCAGGUGUAUGAUCUUUUGAGUAAGAAGAGUCAUUAUGCUGCGCUGAGGGCAUUGGACGAGCUGCAGAAUGUGCAUUUGCGGGAGGUGGCAAGGUACAAAAUUGCUGAGACUAUUGAACGGUCGGUGCCGGCUACGCAGAGGUUGAUUGCGGAAGCAGUCAUGUCAGACUUGAAUACCUGGCUCUACCGCAUUCGAGAGACAUCGCAGUUCCUCGGCGAGGUUGCCUUCUACCAUACAGAGAUGCGCCGGGAACGACAGAAAAACCGCCUCGAAACCAACGAAUACCUAGGCUCUUUCAAGCUAAACUCUGCCGUCGAACUCGUCGCUGACGAGGUAGAAGAGUUCGACGUCCUCAACAACGAAGAGGUCCAAGUCGACUUCUCUCCUCUCUUCGAAUGCCUCCACAUCCACGACAACCUGGGUCAAAUGGACAAGUUCCGCGCCGACUACGCCGCCACCCGCCGCACGCAGAAGGAACUCUUGAUCCCGCAGACCAUCAACCUGCUCGACGACGAAAGCAACGAGCUCUCCAGCUUACUGGAAGGCAUCGCCGGCUUCGCUAUCGUCGAGAAAGGCACCAUGGCCAAGACAGAAAACUUCCGCGCCCAAGCCGACGUCGAUGAGUUGUGGGAGAGCAUGUGCCAGUCCGCCAUCACUCUCAUCACAUCCUCGCUCGACAAAGUAGCGAACGACGAGAAGCUGCUCAAGAUCAAAGGCGUCAUUGCCCUGUUCAUUCAGACCAUGGAUUCCUGGUCCUACCCUGUCGCCUCGCUCGACGGCCUCCUCCUGACCUUGUUCGAUAAGUACAGCAGUCUGCUGAAAAAGCGCUUCUCCGACGACUUCGCCGAGAUCGUCAGCACGGACGACUACAUGCCCAUGCCCAUCAACAACGCGGACGAGUACGCCAAAGUCGUCAACGUGAGCUGGUACACACCACCUGACGGGCACGAGGAUCCGGAAACGCUCACGUAUCCCUGCGUGCUGCCUUUCUCGCAGAUGUAUCCGCUGGUCUGUAUUGACAUACGGAAUUUCUUGAAUCAGAUAUACCUCUUCUCGGACUCGCAUUUCCGGCAUACGACAGUUAUCGACGCUACUUUAAAAGAGAGCCUGGAUUCCCUGCUUGUGCACAAAGUCUGCCGAUCGCUAGUCGAGCGCCUUAACAGCCAAUACGCCGGCCAAAUCGUCCAAAUCCUCACGAACCUCGACCACUUCGAGCAAGCGUGCCGCGAGCUGGAAAUCCUCCUCGUCGAAGCCCGCAGCAGCUCCUCCGCCGCCGGCCCCAUCACCCUCGCCGCUACAGCAGAGUUCAAAGAAGCCAAGACCAAAGCCGAAAAGCGCCUCUUCGCAUUGGUGAACAGCAAGAUCGACAACCUGAUCCAGUUGGCAGAGUAUAACUGGCAAGCCCGCUCCGCCCCGCAGCACGUGGAAGACUAUAUGCAGGAACUCACGUCCUACCUCGCUAACACCAUGUCCUCCGUCUUGCUCGGCUUGCCGGAAACAAUAAAACAGCAAAUCUACUUUGAGGCGCUCACGCACAUCUCCGCCGGCCUACUGGACUUACCCCUGGAUGAUUCGCAACCCAAGAUCUCCUCGCAGAGCGUCGCGCAGUAUCAGAUGGACGUGCAGCAUCUGGUAGAGUUUGUGGAGGGGUUGCCGGAGAGAGAUGUGCUGGCGCCGACGCUGGAGGAGUUACGGCAGACGACGGAUUUGAUGGGGUUGGCGGCUGAGGGCCAAGGGGAGGAGUUUUUCGACACGAGUAAGGCGGGGGUACGGUUUGGAAGGGUGGACAAGAUUCGGGGGGCGGAGUUGCUUGAGAAGGUGCAAACGAGGACGCAGAGCACGCUCCUGUCGCCGGCGCCGCGGAGCCCGAGCGUUGCUGAUUUCGACGGGCAGCAUGCGAAGAAGCCGAGUGUGGCGGGAUUUGGAGGGUUGGGGGCGCGGUUCGAUCAGUUCAGGCGGGAUAGGUCUUAG